AUGGACAUCAAUUUGGCCACGAAUCAGAAAAGUCCAUGCGCUAUUCCUGAACCAUUUUGUGAGACAUCUUCGAUCAACGUUGCUAGUAGUCCUCUUAGAAAUGGCUACGUGGGAUCAAGAGCAUCUUUCAAUUCCGCUCGCUCCUCAUUCACACUCGGAGAUCUUGAUAAGGGAGGAAAAGGGCUAUUGGAUACUGGUCCUCAAGAGCGAGGUAGGCUGGCCACGACUGAAUGGAUUGGCGAGUGUGAUACUGCUACUGCUCCUGUCAGCAAUAAUCUUAGUGGCAUAGAUGGCAACAGUAACGGCUGCAAUACAUUAUGUUCACGCGGCUUUUUUGUUAGUAAUGAUGCCACAUUCUCAGACCCUAUCCGUUUUUCCAAUGAAUCUGGUCGAGAUGAACUCGAGCUUACUACGAGUCUUGAGGCAGCCGCUUCUGCAGCCAUAGUUUCCGGUCUUUCGUUUUGCAUCUCUGCCACCAAUGGUUCUCGGCCUUUGGACACGGACCUAGACACAGGAAAACUCUGCUCAGCUGCAAAAUCAGGAACUCCAAAUGGGAUUUGUGCUGGUACGUCCGGAAAACCUACGAGGAUCGUAUUCACUCCGGCGCAGAAGGCUAGAUUGCAGGCUACCUUU